AAUGCAUUAAGACCAAUUGAUGAAUUCAUCGAUUCAAUUAAGAUUAAUUCACGAUACAGGCGAUAAAUUAUAAAGAAAGUAGUUCAUCGAUAAGUUUAGAUAGAAUGCGUGUAAUCACUAGUCAAUAUUACAGUGUACACAGAGCAGGUUUAAGAACACAACAAUAUAUUGGGGUUAUUGUCAGUUCUUUAGUAAGAAGCCUACAAGCACUGUGAGUGGCCGUGUCUCUGCGGUGUGAAAAUGAUUGUAUUAAUAGUGAUUGCGUUAUGUAUACUCAUUUUAUAUUUUUAUAAUAUUAGAACCUUUACAUACUGGAAAGUAAGAGGUGUUAAAUACGUAAAGCCAGUGCUCUUUUUUGGGACUUAUACAGAUAUGUAUCUACAGAAGAAAAGUCGAAGUCAAAUAGCAGAAGAAACAUAUAGAAAAUUCCCAAACGAAAAAGUGGUUGGAGUAUUUAAAUCUACAAUACCUGAACUUGUUAUACGAGAUUCCAAUUUGAUAAAACGCAUUUUGAUUAACGACUUCCCAUCAUUUUAUAGUCGUGGUUUGAAUCACACCAAUGAUGUCGAAAUCAUAAGAAAACACUUGUUUGCGAUAGAUGGAGAUUUAUGGCGAAUGCUUAGACAGAGAAUGACACCAGCGUUUACCAGCGGUAAGUUAAAAGCCAUGUUUCCGUUGAUUGUAGAACGGUGUGAGAAGUUACAAUCGAGAACCCUCUCUGCUGUUACUAGCAGUCAUGCACUCGAUGCUAGAGAACUGAUGGCUCGGUAUACCACCGAUUUCAUCGGAGCAUGUGGUUUCGGAGUUGACUCGGACUCCUUAAAUGACGAAAAUUCAGCAUUUCGAAAACUGGGUGUAAAAAUAUUCAAUAUAUCAUUGAGAGAUUCAAUUGUCUUAGUGAUAAGAGACGUGUUCCCGUACAGUGAAAAGUAUUUGAAAUUAUUGAAAAGGAUAGAACCAGAUAUCCUGCUUUUAGUGAAAAAUAUACUCACCGAAAGAAAUUAUAAGCCGUGCGGGCGUAAUGACUUUAUUGACCUUAUGCUGGAGUAUCUAAAUAAACCUAUGGAAGCUGAAUCCAUAGAAAAAGUUGGUGAAAAUCCCAUACAUGUGAAGAUGAUUUUAAAUGAAGGACUAUUUGCUGCUCAAGUGUUCGUAUUUUUUGUUGCCGGAUUUGAGACAUCCGCUUCCUCGACCAGUUACACAUUACAUCUACUAGCGUUUUAUCCUGAAGUACAAAAACGAGUUCAAGCUGACAUUGACCGAAUUUUGGCAAAACAUGAUAAUAAACUUUCUUACGAGGCUGUGAAAGAAAUGACUUAUCUAGAGUGGACUUUUAAAGAAGGUCUUCGUAUGUUUCCCUCUCUCGGCUUUCUUAUGCGAAGGAGUACAAGAAAAUAUAAAUUCGAAGAUAUUAAUUUGGAUAUUGAUAAAGGUGUGAAUAUAGUCAUUCCUGUGCAGGCUCUGCAUAUGGAUGCUAAAUAUUGGGAUGAUCCUGACGAGUUCAGACCUGAAAGAUUUCAUCCAGAAAACUUUGGAGCGACACAAAAAAUGGUGUAUUUCCCAUUUGGUGAAGGACCUCGGAAUUGCAUUGGUAGCCGACUUGGCUUAAUGCAGUCAAUGGCUGGACUGGCUGCUAUCCUUUCGAAGUUCACUGUCGAACCUGCACCUGAGACUGUUCGGUAUCCACAAAUAUCACCUAAAUCUAAUAUCAUUCAAAGUAUUACUGGGGGUUUGCCUCUAAUGUUCCGUGAGAGAAAACAAGUUUGAGAUGAUAAAAUGUUGAGAGCAAAUUGAUUGAAAAUA